AUGUCACCCUCGCCCCUCACAACAACACCCGAAAUCCUCACGCUCCUCAAAGACCUCCAUGCCAAAUCCCUACUCCAAGAAUCCACCGUAAACUGGCCCACACUACCAGCACAAUGUAGCACCGAAUUCGACACCAUCAUGCGCGAUAAGUUCAUCGCACUUGACCAGGACAAAUGCGAAUUCGUCUACCACAUACUACGCAGCAUCAACGCAAAGACAGUCGUUGAGGCAGGGACCAGUUUCGGUGUGAGCACCAUCUACCUAGCGCUCGCCGUUGCAGAGAACGCAAAGCGGAUCAGCGCCACCUAUAAACCGCGGGUGAUUGGUACAGAGAAGGAGGAAACGAAGGCCCAGCUGGCGAGGGCGCACUGGGCGCAAGCUGGCAAGGAGGUUGAGGAUGUGAUUGAUCUCCGAGUUGGGGAUUUGCGCGAGACUCUUACCCAGGAUUUGGGGACUGUGGAUUUUUUGUUGUUGGAUAUCUGGACGCCGUUAGCACUCCCAGCGUUGAAGCUUGUCCAGCCGCAUUUCCGGCCUGGUGCGGUGAUUGUGGUUGAUAAUACGAUCAAGUCGGGUGCGAGGUAUCAGGAGCUGUUUGAGUAUGUGGAUGCUGAGGGGAGUGGGUUCCGGCGGGUGACGAUGCCAUAUGAAGGAGGGUUGGAUAUGAUUGUUUACCAGUAG